UUCACCAUCUUCAUCAGCUCAAGCCUUCUCCUUUAGCAACCACACCAAACGCUUCCACUACCAUUCUUGAGUUCAGUUCUCUUUGUUUCUUACUCGGCAAAGAUGGGAGUCAUCACCUACUCGAUGGAGAUCACAAGCACCAUCGCACCAUCGAGGAUGUUCAAGGCUUUGUUCCUUGACUCCCACAGUAUCCUACCCCAGAUUGUUCCCGAGGGCAUCAAGAGCAUAGAGUUCAUCGAGGGAGAUGGUGGAGUUGGUAGUAUCAAGAAAACCAACUUUGGUGAAAGCUCUCACAUCAAGUACACAAAGCACAAGAUCGAGGCUCUUGAUGCAGGUAGCUUUUAUUGCAAAUUUACCAUGAUUGAAAGCGAUAUCAAGUUCGACAAGAUCGACUUCAUCACAGAGGAAGUGAAAUUCGUCGCGGCUGGUAGCGGAUGCAUUUGCAAGAUGACCAGUGAAUAUCAUGUUCAGGAAGGUUGUGAGCUGAAAGAAGAGGACAUCAAGAAGGGUAAAGACAGAGCUAUGGGAUUGUACAAGGCUGUUGAGGAGUACCUUGUGGCCAAUCCUGAUGUUUGUGCCUAAAUGCUAUUCUCCAAAUCCAUUCAGUGAUGACAUAGUA